GGAUUUGAAUGAUUUCCAGCUUUUUGUUACUUUUAUCAUAUAAUUAUAUACAGGUCACGUACGUUUUUCUAACGCAGUUAUGUAAUUUUGAAUACAUCAAUCGAAGCAGCUCGUUAUUUUCUACAAAAAGUAGAAACCUAUUUACGUCGACAAAUGGUAUAUCAGUUACACAUCGAUUUCAAUCAGUAUCUCUAAAUAAACUUUCUAUUCGGCAAGUAAUUAAUAAAUAAUUUCGAAGUAUAGACUAUAGUCAGGUAACCUGUGCGUAUAUUUCAAUCAUCCAUGAGUGGGUCAAACGCUUUAUCAGUAGAGUUCGACAGUGCCCUACACAGAGCUACAGAAGUCGGGCGUGAAUUUUGUAUAACCGAUGAGCACGAAACGGUAUAUAAACACGGUAUUACAUUCCAAUCGAUAUCAUUUUGUGGGUUUAACCGAUCAGCAACACACCUUUCUCUUCUUUCCUCGCCAAAAUCAUGUCCAAAUUGUUCAGCGUUUUCGUGACACUUCUCCUGGUACAGACAGCCUGGAGUUCUACGUCUCACGAUAAAAAUAUUAGAACACUUCAAAGAGUUUUAGCCAAUUCAGUGACGUACUAUGACCCAAAUACCGGAACCGAGCUAGACGCAGAGAUAACCAACUUAAAACAAAAUAAUUCGAUUGCUACAAAGAUAUAUCAACGUUCGCUAUGCCACUGUGAGGAGAACAGUUGUAACUGUUGCGUCGGUAUUCGUUUCUUUCGUUUUAAUGGCCCAGUGUGUAUUAGAAUUACAAUUAACGAAGACAGUAAAGCUGUCAUAACCGCAAACGGGAACACAAUAUUAACGCAUUACUUUAGAGCGCAUCCACGCCCGGUAUGUGUUAGCCUUUCCAGCCUUGUAAAUAUCUGCGGUCAAUUCGACUUUCAUUAUGUUAAUGAUCAUUUGCGAUCUUGUACGAGCAUCAGUCUUCAGUUUCUCUUCCUUAAAUUUUCGGGAUUCCAAUUUCCAUGCGUUCAAAUUGGCGAUGACGGGAUCUCUAUGGCGAGUCUCGGACUGUUACUGAAUCAGAUUGGCACAGAGUCAGAGCAGCAAGUAACCGACUCGGAAAUAUACGACGAAGUAGAUUUCGAACAGCAGGAUCUGGAAGUUCAUGACAAUCACAUGUCAAUGUUGACUCCCGAGCAAGAGGCACAAAUUGGACAAUUAAAAUUGCGAUCACUACGAACGAAUUAAUGUCUAAAAUUACAUAGUUAUUAUUAACUAAAAAGUAGCGGUAAUUUUAUUCGUUAAUUUAAAGAUUAAUUUCUAGUACCUAUUCUUACGGACCGCAAUAAUCCUUAAUCGUUAUAAAAUAUAUUUAAGUCGAGACGUUUCUUAUUGUUAUUGCUCCGUUAAUUGCACAGGUAAAAAAUGGAAAGGUCAGAUUUUUCCCAUGUUUAACGGUCAUUUCCACCCGCAAGCGACCAGUAGAGGGGCGACCAACACCCAGCAAUAGUUUUCCUCUGUGACAGCAUCGUCGCCGAACUUCACUGGGUUAUCGUCCUCAGAUCAGUCAACAUUUCUUCACUAGUUGUCAUCCUUAGAUUAGUCUACAUCUCUUGACUGAUUUUCCAUCAUUAGAUCUGUCAUCUGUUUAACUUAUAUUUAUACGUACCGAGCGUAAAUGUCUAUGUCUACAAGUUGUUGGAAUAAAGUAUAUAUCGUAACCUGUUA